AUGGCGCCACGCACCAUUCUCCUUUCGAUCGAUGGCAGGAGCUGUGCCAAGAACUGCGAGGUGCAGCAAGCUCUCAGUGCCGUGGAAGGUGUCGUGGCGGCGUCUGUGAAUUUCGAUUCCAACAACGCGUCUGUCGACGUGGCAUCUGACCGCCAAUUCGACGAUGAAAUGCUACUGGAGGCGGUCCGUAGUGUCGGGCCCAAGUUCAACGCUCGCCUCGUUCAAGCAUCGCACUCAAGUGGCGUGAAGGCUCAAGGGAUCCAUGAUAAUGACUCGAGAGAAGUUUCGCUAUCAAUCGACGAGGCGGACAAGAGCGCGAUCGCCAAAGUGACGUUGCUGAUCGGUGGAAUGACGUGCAGCUCGUGUGCCAACACCGUCGAGGGUGCUUUGAAGCGCACAGAGGGCGUCGUCUCUGCAUCCGUGAGCUUAGAGACUGAGAAAGCUGUCGUGCAGUUCGAUAGGGAUGUUAUGAGUGUCGAAGCGCUUGCUAAAGCUGUGGAGAAUGUCGGAUACCAAGCCUCCUCGUGCAUACCGAAGGACGAGAAGAGUGAAAUGGGCGACGCAACACUGUUGAUCGGCGGGAUGACGUGCAGCUCGUGCUCCAACUCAGUCGAAAACCUGCUGAAGAGCACGCCAGGCGUGUUAUCCGCCUCUGUAAACUUGGCGACCGAGAAGGCUGCCAUUCACUUCGAUAAGUCCGUGGUCGGCAUUCGGACGCUGAUCGAGUCGGUGGAGGACAUUGGGUACGAGGCUUCCUACGUGACUGAGGCCAAUGCGCUACAGGCUCUCGGAGAUCAGCGCAUGAGGGAGAUCUCACAGUAUCGCACCGAUUUCUUCGCUGCAUUGGUCUUCACGCCCCCAAUCCUACUGAUAAUGCUGGUGUUCGAGAACAUCGCACAGGUCAAGCACGGGUUAAUGUCGGAAGUCGUGCCUGGCCUUUCCUGUGAGGCAUUGGCCGUCGCGAUUCUCGCGUCCCCAGUCCAGUUUUACUCAGCUCGUCGAUUCCACGUCGACGCUUGGAAAGGAGUGAGGAACCGCGUGCUGGGGAUGGCGUUCCUGGUGUCGAUGGGCUCGAAUGUGGCGUAUUUCUACGGCUUGUUUACUGUGAUUCGUGCCAUCGCGCUGGACAACGCGGAGGUUGCGACCUUGGACAUGUUCAUGACGUCGUCGGUACUGAUCUCGUUUGUAGUGCUGGGGAAGCUCCUGGAGGCGACUGCGAAGGUGAAAACGUCGGCGGCGCUGACCAAGUUGAUGGAGUUGCAGGUCAAGUCGGCCACGCUGUUGAUCUUCAGCGCGGACGGAUCACACAUCAUCGAAGAGCGAGUAGUGCCGAUUGAAUUGGUGCAGCGUGGAGACGUCCUGAAGGUUGUGCGUGGAUCCUCGGUCCCCACGGACGGUGUGGUUGUGUAUGGCGAAGGCAGAGUGGAUGAGUCCAUGCUGACUGGUGAGUCCAAGACCGUAAAGAAAGUCGUUGGAGACCGCGCGCUGGGGGCGACCUUGAAUGUGGAAGGGCUGUUCCACAUGCAAGUCACGGGGAUCGACACCGACACGGCGUUGAGUCAGAUCAUUCGACUUGUGGAGGACGCGCAGGCCUCAAAGGCCCCAAUUCAAGCUUACGCCGACUACAUCUCCUCCAUCUUCGUCCCGGUGGUAGUCGCGCUUGCGUUGGGGACGUUCGCGGUGUGGCACAUACUCUGUGCUCGGGAUGGCAUUCCCAAAGACUGGAUCCCCAACUCGGACGGGAAGUUUGUGUUCGCGCUGGACUUUGGCAUCGCGACGCUGGUCGUAGCGUGUCCCUGUGCGUUGGGACUGGCAACGCCCACUGCUGUCAUGGUCGGUACGGGUGUCGGAGCCGCACACGGGGUCUUGAUCAAAGGAGGCGAACCACUGGAAGCUGCUCACAAUGUGAACACGAUCAUUUUCGACAAGACGGGGACGUUGACGGUGGGGAAGCCUGUCGUGACGGAUGUGCAUCCACUCAGCUCAACGUUAGACGCGGAGGAGCUGGCCGUCCUCGCUGGAUCCGCAGAACGCGGAAGUGAACACCCUCUGGGUGCGGCCAUCACGGACUACGCCAAGUCCAUGUCGUUGCCUCUUGAGCAGCCGACGGAUUUCCGUGCAGCUUCAGGGAAGGGCAUUUUGUGUUGCGUGGGCGACCGGGAUAUCAUGAUUGGCAACAAAGCGUGGAUGGAAGAAAAUGACGUCGAAGGAGCGAACCGCAUCGAAGUCAUGCAGACUGUAAUCGCCUUUCAAAACGCCGGCAAGACGUCGAUCUACGUGGCCGUCGACGGGGAACUAAGCGGUGUGUUCGCUGUGGCUGACGCUCCACGUGGAGAGGCAGCUCGUACUCUGAGAAAGCUGAGAACGAUGGGGUUGGAAGUCUGGAUGGUCACUGGCGACAAUACGCGAACAGCGUUCACUAUCGCCGAGCACUUGGGGAUGAAUCGUGACAAUGUGAUGGCCGACGUGCUUCCGUCCGAGAAGGCGUCCAAAGUGAAAGAGCUGCAGGACUUGGGCCGCAUUGUCGCCAUGGUGGGCGAUGGCAUCAAUGACUCCCCUGCACUUGCUCAGGCGGACUUGGGCAUCGCCAUCGGCGGUGGCACGGAGAUUGCAGUCGAAACGGCUGGCAUGGUGCUGAUGAAGUCCAACUUGGUCGCUGUCAUCACUGCGCUGCACUUGUCUCGCACGAUUUUCAACCGGAUCCGACUGAAUUACGUGUGGGCUUUCGGCUACAACUGUCUGUUGAUCCCGCUAGCUGCCGGCGUGCUGUACCCGGUUGGGUUUAGUAUCCCGCCCAUGUUUGCCAGCGCUGCGAUGGCGCUCUCGUCCGUGUCCGUGGUGAUUUCGUCGCUGCUGCUUCGAUAUUACACGCCUCCAACUGUCGCCGAUGAUGCACUGGAGCGGAAGACGAAGGCUAUGUUGCCCACGGAGCAGACGCUGUCUGCACCACUGCUUGCAUCCAGCACGCUGCAAGAUACUGAAUAG